UUUUUUGACUAGCUGGAAAUGGCGUCUCUUGGCUUCGAACCGUUCUAACUUUAUCGCACAAUAAUAAACAUAACAAUAUACACAGCUGUUAUCCCAUAACAUGGGGAGAAACUUUACUGGGAGGUUUUGGACGCUCUAGUUGGGAAGCAUUACUGUGACCGCUGCGACUAAAAGGAGUUAAAUCGCGGAGAGAAUAAUGGAGGAUUCUCAUACACGGUACAGCAAACGCCUGCGUACGCGAACACAGCGCCGCUAUCAGGACGAUGGAAUCUCCGAUGAUGAAAUUGAAGGAAAACGAAUGUUUGACCUGGAUGAAAAGCUGGAGUGUGGGAGAUUCGGCAGUGACUUGAUCAAACACAUGGAGGGUAAAGAAUUCACAUUUGAAUACAUCCAGAGGGAAGGACUCAGGGAUCCCAUUAUCUUCAAGACUACUGAUGGCCUUGGCAUGCAAAUGCCAGAUCCGGAUUUUAGCGUGAGUGAUGUCAAGUUGUUUGUUGGUAGUCGACGUAUUGUAGACGUUAUGGAUGUGAACACCCAGAAAGGAAUUGAGAUGUCGAUGGCUCAGUGGCGACGAUACUAUGAGACACCACCAUCAGAAAGAGAAAAACUCUACAAUGUCAUCAGUCUAGAGUUCAGUCACACCAGGCUGGAAAACCUGGUGAAACGGCCUGCUUCGGUGGACCUUAUUGACUGGGUGGACAACAUGUGGCCCCGUCAUCUCAAGGAGAGGCAGAGGGACUCCACCAAUGCCAUCAUAGACAUGCAUUAUCCCAAAGUACAGAAGUACUGUCUCAUGAGUGUGCAGGGCUGCUUCACAGAUUUCCACAUUGACUUUGGAGGCACUUCCGUCUGGUACCACAUUCUGAGAGGAGGAAAGGUGUUCUGGCUGAUUCCACCCACACCACAGAACCUGGAGAUGUAUGAGAACUGGGUUUUAUCAGGAAAACAGGGAGACAUCUUCUUGGGCGAUAAGUGCCAUGACUGUCAAAGGAUAGAGCUCCACCAAGGGAACACCUUCGUCAUCCCAUCAGGGUGGAUCCAUGCUGUGUACACACCAGAGGACACAUUGGUGUUUGGGGGGAAUUUCCUCCACAGCUUUAACAUCCCGAUGCAGCUCAACAUCUACACCAUUGAAGAUCGCACACGGGUGCCAGCGAAGUUCAGGUACCCGUUUUACUAUGAGAUGUGCUGGUACGUCCUGGAGAGAUACCUUUACUGUCUGACUGACAUCUCGCACCUCACCCCUGAGUUCAAGAAGUACUCCCUCGGUAUAGACUUAACACCAGCUGACCUCGAAAACAAUGCCUACACUGGUAAUGGUGCUUCCAAUGAAGAUGACACUGAUGAUGAAAAUGAGGAUAUCAAGAUCAAGGAGGAAGAUGCCGAAGAAGAAAAACCAAUCCAAGUUAGCAAACCCCGGCCCGUGCUGACCCCCUUUGAGCUGGAAGGACUGUGGAACCUUUUAGGAAAACUGGAGGAGCUGCCGAGCCACAAAAAGUGCGUCCCUGAAGGAAUUGCGAAUGCUGCAGGCCUGCUUGAGGACAUGAGGGCUGUUCUGACAGAGUGUGCCGAUGACAGCCCUAAGCUAGCCUACACUGGAGAGCCCAUAGUCAGAUGGCCUGAACGGCCAUCAUGGUACCAGCCUCCCAUUCCUCCUACACCUGUUCUUUACCGUCCUCGCUUGGGUCCCACCCUCCACAAGCCUUUGGGUCAGAAGACCAAACGGUCUUCCAUCUCCGCCUUGAGACGGAGACGGGUGAGGUGCAAGCGCUGUGCUGCCUGCUGCAGGAAGGAGUGUGGCAACUGCCAGUACUGCCAUGACAUGAGGAAGUUCGGUGGACCUGGGCGCAUGAAGAAGAGCUGCGUCAUGCGACAGUGUCUAGCACCUGCGUUACCGAACACAGCACGAUGUGCCAUAUGUGGAGAGGGGGAGUCAGAUGAAGCGAAUCCAAGCACUCACACCCUCAUGGAGUGCUCUGUGUGUUCACAAAUUGCCCAUCGACAAUGCAUUAAGGAACCUGGUGAGGGGAAGAUCAAUAAGGAUUUACCGAGUUGUUGGGAGUGUCCCAAAUGUUACCAAGGAAAAGAUUCAGCAUCAGAGUCUUCCAGCGAUGAGGAAAGUGAAGAGUCAGAAGGCUCAACCUCCUUGCCACAGUCCAAACUUUCAUACAGGGAAGGAAUUGGUGUUGGUGAAGAGGCGGGUCCAGCAAAACGUAGCAGACCCCAGGGCCGGCCAACAGCACCACCGCCUUCUCAGAAACUGCUACUACAGCAUCAACAGAGCCGCAAACGAGCAACUGAGCUUCAGCUCAGAUAUAAAAAGAGACUGAAACUGGAUCGGGUCAAAAUGUUAACAAAAUCGUCAUCUCUAGCUCAUUCCCCGAGGCUGCUGGGCUCCAGGGUGCUGCCUCGUCUGCGCUCUCCAGCGAGCAGACUACCUCAGGGCAGAGGUCAAGGUUCCACCUGGGCAAAUGGGUCUUCUUACCACAGCAAUCCAGUAGAGACCGAGUCCUUUGAGCAGCAGCAGCAGUCUUCCCAUGGUUUAGUGCUUGCACCCAAAGGAGAGCCCCGCAGGGGGAGAGGACGAGGUGUGAGGCUGCGGGGAGGAGGGGCAGGAAAAGGCAUCAGAGGUGGUCAGAGCCACGCAGAGUUGGAAGAGGACAGUGAGGACAGCAGCAGCACCAGCACCAACAGCAGCAGCAGUGACGACGACGAAGAAGAGGAGAGUGUGCAGAACAGCGGGAGGGGAGGUGAUAAAGAGAACCAGCCACAGUUGAGACGGGAAGGACAGGCAGCCAAAGAAAGAGAAGAGGACGGGUUUGAGAUGGCCAACCAAAAUGGAGCAGAUGAGGAUGAAGAGGAGGAGAUGGAGCAGGAAAGUCGAACAGGGGACAGAGAUGCAACAUAUCUUAAUAAAGUCACACUCCAAAGGCCAACCAGAGCCAAACAGGACCCGUCAGCUAUUGUCCCCAAAUUAGAGGCUGUCGCCCCUCACACUGCUACUUCCACAGUACACAGCCAGCCCAGAGCCCUCCUCAGACCCCCCAUUAGAAAUCGCAGCCCCUGUCCUGAUCAGCACUCAAAUAGGCACACACCACCGCAGACUCGCAGUGGACACACUGGCACUCGCACUUCCCACUCAGAGAGACUUGAGGCCUCAAAAAGAAUGAGACUGAGCAGGCCAGCCAAACUGAACAAUGGAGCUUCCUCGUCUUCAUCUUCUGAGCUUCCCCAUCUCCGCGUCCCUCUGUCUGCCCUGCAGGAAGGAGGGGGCGAAGCAGAAAGGGGGAGUGUCGGGAAUAACCCAAGUUGUGAGAGAGAGGUGUGGGUGUCUGUCUUCCGCUACUUAAAUCGUGCAGAUCUCUGCGUCUGCAUGGCAGUCUGCAAGAACUGGUACAAAUGGUGUUUAGACAAGCGGCUUUGGGCGCGGAUUGACCUAAGCAUCAAGCGCACGGUUACUCCUCAGGCCUUGACAGGCAUCAUAAAGAGACAGCCGGUCACACUCAACCUCUCCUGGACCAACAUCUCUAAAAAACAGCUCAGCUGGCUCAUUGACCGCCUGCCUGGGCUGAAGGAUCUGAUGCUGGCAGGCUGUUCCUGGUCCUCUGUUUCAGCUCUGUGCUCCUCUGGUUGCCCGCUCCUCCGUUCACUCGAUCUGCGAUAUGCGGAUGCCGUCAAAGAUGCUCAGAUCAGGGAUCUAGUCACUCCUCCAGGCUGUGACAAUCGAAGUCAGUUGCGGUCCAUGCAGUGUUUGCGGCUAGCAGGUUUGGACAUUAGCGACUCCACUCUGCGUCUGGUGAUCCGCCACAUGCCCCAUUUAACAAAACUGGAUCUGUCCCACUGCAACAGUCUCACCGACCACUCCAUCAAUCUGCUGACUGCAGUGGGCUCGUCCACGCGAAACACACUCACAGAACUCAACCUGGGAGGCUGCAGUAAACUGACAGAUACGUGUCUGAAGUAUCUCCGCCGCCUCUCUUGCAUCAUGCUGCUUGACCUACGAGGCUGUAAAGGCGUCUCCCGCAAGGCCUGUGAGGCAUUCAUCUCUGAGCUGUCGGUCAACACACUCUACUGCCUAUCGGACGAAAAACUGAUCCAGCGGAUAUCCUAAGCGGCUCGCCUUCUCUCACUGCAGACGUGAUUUGGGAUGCAAAAGCGGAGGGAGUGGAUCCUGAUGUGAAUCUGUGCAACAGAGAGAGGCAGGGAAGCUCAUGCACCUGUGCCACGUAAAGGAAGGGUGGGGUCUAAACUGGGAGGGCUCGCUUGACUGGUGUUGUUGGGAGGGGGACAAAUGGCAUGUCACAGCUGGAACGAUGCUUCUUUUCAUUACAUUUUAUUUUGCCAUGUACUUAAAAAGGAAAAAAGGACUCAGGAGCUUUUUUGCUGUUCUUUUGGGACUUCGUGGUGAGUGGAGAAGACAUCUUUUUUUUUUUUUUUUUUUAAUUUUCCUAAGUGGGAGAAUGCAGGCAAUUAAAAGCUGUAUUAGACUAUACAUCCUGUGGAUAUCAAAGUCAUCAACUCUUCUUUGGACAGAGCCAGUCAUGACUGUCAUCACAAGCUUUCUGCCUUCAGAAAGAUAAGCAGAGACUUUGAGUUUCAUCCGCAGAACAAACAUGCAUUGUUUUGUUGAACUUAACUGAUUUCAGCUACUUUUGGGUGCUUCAAGCAUAUUAAUAUCUUUUUCUGUUCAGUUAUUUGAUGACUUACGCUUCAUGCACAACAGCUAUGCUUUGAUACUUAAAAAACAAACAAACAAAAAAAAGGAAACUAAAGGUGAAAGGACUUCGAUGUCAGACUUGGGAAACGUGAGCUACAGGAAUUACCUAUGUUUACCAGAUGUUUAUUCAGCUUUGUAAGUCACUGGUUGCGACACAAGUCCAGUUGUAUGGUGUACAUGGAUGCUAAGUGUGUAAGAAAGUUAAAAGUGUGAGUAGGCAAUCAACAUGGCAACAAGACCUCACCCCAACAAAAGGGCAGGUUGCAUUAAGUGUAGGGGACGAGCCAAGGAUAAGGUGUCAGAUAAAUGGUGCAUUUUCAAACAACGUUAGACUUCAGGUGCUAUAAUUUCCAAACUCCUUUUGCUUUGUUUUUUGUACAGAGACAACAUUUAGAGCAAAACUAUUCUAGAUGAAACCGCUCCCCACCUGUCUUUGAUACACUCGUUUUGCUUUCAUUUACAAAUAAAAAGAGAGGAAAAAAUGUGACCAUCUACUUUUCACAUGACUUUGUCAGAUUCAGUGUAGAGAUGUUUUGUUUAGGGAGGUGGGGGUUCUGCUCAUUUCUUUGUUCCCUUAUAGUGUUAUGGCUCUAUAUCAAAGGUCUCCUCCCAGACUGCUCCUCCUGGCCAUAUCCCUUAAAAAUGAAUAUAAGAAUAUAAAUGUAUACUUUUGUGUAAAUGUGUUUUUCCUCUUUUAGAUUAUCAAAACGGGGAACCUGUAGCAUUGUAAUUAUUUUCAGAAGCCUUUUUCACUUUAUGUUAUUUGUGUUAUUU